AUGAAUACUUCUGAAAAUAUCAAAGAAUUAAGACCUAUUAAAAAGCUUCAAGACGCUGUUAUAAACAGAAUUGCUGCUGGAGAGAAUCCUGACUAUAUAAAGAUCAUUCAUAGACCUGCCAACGCGAUAAAGGAAUUGAUAGAAAAUUCUUUAGAUGCGGGUGCAACUAAUAUACGGAUAUUAGUUAAAGAAGGGGGUCUUAAGUUACUCCAAAUUCAAGAUAAUGGACAUGGAAUUAGGAGAGAAGAUAUGGAUAUUGUAUGUGAACGUUUCACUACAAGUAAACUCAAGAGUUUUAAUGAUUUAUCAAGUAUUAAUACCUAUGGUUUUCGAGGAGAAGCUCUCGCUAGUAUUAGUCACGUAGCUCAUGUUACUAUAACUACGAAAACAGCAGAUUCUAAAUCAUGUUAUUCUGAUGGUAAACUUGUUUCACCAAAGCCUGGAACUAGUGCUGAACCGAAAGCAUGUGCUGGUAAUACUGGAACACAAAUUACGGCGGAAGAUCUAUUUUAUAAUGUGCCGACGCGUAAACAAGCUUUAAAACAUCCCAAUGACGAAUAUAAUCGAAUUUUAGAUAUCGUUAAUCGUUAUGCCAUUCAUAAUUCGGGUGUCGGUUUUUCGUGUAAAAAGCAAGGUUCAAAACAACCUGAUGUGAAUAGUUUGUCAACAGCAUCCACUCUAGAUAAUAUUCGACAAAUAUACGGAAGUACAGCUUCCGAAUUAUUAAAUUUAGAAAAGGUUUCGAAAAAAUUCGAUUUCAAAUUUAAUGGAUAUAUUUCCAAUGCAAACUUUAAUCUCAGGAAGAUGACAUUUUUAUUAUUCAUCAACCAUAGAGCUGUGGAAAGUUCAGCAUUGAAAAGAACUAUUGAAGGUGUAUAUGAAACCUAUUUGCCAAAAAAUUCAUAUCCAUUUGUAUAUUUAAGUUUGGAAAUAAAUCCACAAAAUGUGGACGUAAAUAUACAUCCUACAAAACGAGAGGUUCGUUUUUUAAAUGAAGAUGAGGUUAUCGCAAUCAUAGGAGAUGCAAUACAGGAACGACUUACUUUAUUACCAGGAGCAAAAGUAUUAGAUACAAGUACAAAGGAUCCUGAAAGUUCAACUAAAAAAUCUGGAAAAAAUCCAGAAACGAGAAUACAACCUGAAAAUAGUAAUAUAAUUAAUGAAAUUUCGGGAGGUACAAAUUUGAAACGUAAACGUGUGAAAAAUGAGGUAAAACUAACUAGCAUACUGGCAUUGCGUAAUCAUUGUAAAGAAGUAGAACACAAAGGACUUACUGACUUGCUUGCAAAUCAUACCUGGGUGGGAUGUGUUGAUGAUUCCAUACCUUUAGCUUUGAUACAACAUCAAACAAAACUUUAUAUGGUUAACUAUAAUAUUUUAUGUGAAGAAUUAUUCUAUCAAUUGACUCUGCAGGAAUUCAGUAAUUUUGCUUUUAUCCGUUUAUCUAAACCAGCUCCAAUUAAGGAACUCAUAAUUUUUGCAUUAGAAACAAAUACAUUAAUCUCACGAAGGAAUAUGCUUCUAGAAUAUUUUUCAUUAACUAUUAAUGAAUCAGGUGAAUUAAUCACUUUACCGUUAAUAUUGAAAGGUUAUGCCCCGAAUUUAGAUAAACUUCCGACGUUUUUAUUACGUUUGGGUACAGAGGUCGAUUGGGAAACAGAAAAGGGAUGUUUUGAAAAAAUUUCUCGUGAAUUUGGAUCAUUUUAUGCUCCAGAACCAUUGACUUUCCCUCGAGAUAAUGUCGAACCUGAAAAUAUCAUCAACUCAAUUGAUGUUGAAAAUGAAAUACCUGUUACAAUGGAAAUUCGACAAGAAAGAAAUAUUGAAAAUACAAAUAAUCAAUCCGCUAAUCAAAAACAAAUAACUGAAAUUUCAAAAUAUCGUUGGCAAAUUGAACAUUUGAUAUUUCCAAUUUUAAAAAAUAAUCAAUUCUUUGCUCCCAAGAAUAUCGCCGAAAGUGGUCACGUAAUUCAAAUAGCUAAUUUACCUGAUUUAUAUCGUAUUUUCGAGCGUUGUUAA